AGUGCCUUGCUGUUUGCCAGGCACCAGGAAACUGCUUUGAACGCAAGUCUGGGGAAAGCAGAAACAAAACUAUUUAUAGAAUCCAGCUACAACUGAAAAUCAAUAGUGUUGUUGCAACAGCCAGCACAGAAGAACGCCUCUGGGAGAAUGUCUUUGGGAGAAGUCUCUGUCAACAGUAGUUAGCUGGCGUCUUGCUAGCAAGGGGCGAGCAUGGGAGAAGCAGCCACAGCUUCAGAAAACCUCCAGUUGUCACUGUAGCUAAGAGAAAGCCAUGGCCAUGUUUGGUGCGAGCGGCCAGACACCUCGAUGGAUUUCCUUCGGCGCCACGCAAUACAGCCGGGGGUAGUGUAUCCCUUUCCACGAAGGAGCAGGUGUUGGCAGCCUCCCGGAGACUUGGCAGGCCCCUCACUCAUGUGCAAGGGGACAGGAUGAGACCCUGAAACCAUGGCAGACCUUGUGGGAUCCUGUUUAGUCUGAAUUUACUUCUCUUGGCAGAUUCAGGUACCAUUAACGUGCUUGGCUGGGACCAUCCACUCCUCCCACAGACCAGAGGACAUGGGGAGGCCUGUUCUGCUGUCUUCCCCAAGCUGUACGAGGCCAGCUCCUGGGAGCUACUGCUGUUCCACUUGACAUCCUCAUCUGCAAGCCACUGGGCGCUGGUCCUCUGCUGAGCAGGGGCCACAGAGGCAGUACCAGGCUUGCUCUGUAGGGCACCAGCUCACAGAAGUGCCUCGAAAGAGGUGCCCAGCCACCAAAGCCUGCUGGGCCGCACUAGCCCUCCAGUUAUGCCAUCCGUUCCCCUGUCCGUGACACAGCUGGGCCUGAGAUGCCAUUCCUGGUACCUCCUGGGUUUUACUGCCUCACAGCAAAGCCAUGAGCCACCAGUUCGGUUGGACUGCUGUCACUUUUGGGUUGCCAGAGGGACGUGAAGAAGAAAAGCAGGAGCCAGGAACAAAGUCCAUACUACUUUCAUUUGUGAUCAUGUCUAUCAGGAAAGGACCUAAAUCUUCUAGACCUCAGACUUUGUAUCUAAGCUUCGAGCUCAUGGACGUCUUAGAUUUGGGAGGAGACUGGAUGGCCAGCAUGUGAUACACAUCUGCUACCUGGACAGAUUCUCAGGAGAAUGGUUGUAGCAUAGCUGUGUCUGCUCAGGGAUUAUGGUUUCUGCACAAGCUGCAACACCGCGGCAUGCAAGGGUCAGCUGCUGCAAAGCAGUAGCUGAGCUCCGGUGUGUUGUGUUGAGAGAGGUGCUGCCUGACAACCGGCAGUGCUGGUGGCUGUUUUCUCUGCAAGGUGGUGGGAGUGAUGAGCUGGGACUGCCUCCUGUUAACAGGAGAUUGCACCCUUACCUCCCUCCAUCUCCAUUACCUGAAUCUGAGCUUUUCACAGCCUGUGGGCCCCCGUCUAGUUGUGCAGCCUGCCUAGCAGGAGCUACUCCACUAUCAAAACUCCCAUGGAUGGUCUGGCACUGAGGCAUCAGCGGAAACAGGGUUCGCUUUCAAAUAAUUGUCAGCUGAAAUGAUGGUGGUGCCAAGCCCCUGCAGAGAGUGCUCUGUAUCAGCACAGCCCCUGAUCCCAGCGAGAGAUCUGGUUUUGCUUUGCCUGCUCUCCAUCGUCAAACCCUGGGACAGGGGAGGGCAAUCAGAAAGCUGUGCUGCACAGUUAUCGAUGAAGAAAAAGUUUUGAACUGAUAGCCCAGCAAAUGUCCUGAAUGCUAUAUUCAAAAUGUGGUGCUCCAGCGUAAAACGAGCAGAGUACGCAGCAGAACAAGCGGCUAGAAAACUUUGGCUCUUAGAGGCGUGCAGAGGGCAGGUGCCAGACAGCAGUGAUCACGCAUUUCUCUAAACUGGCAACGCUUACAGACCUACUGACAGAAGUGGAUUCACGCUAUAAGUAAAUUCAAUAUGCAUGAAAGGACUCUUGUUCUUCUUCGGCAGAGAGCAUAAAGAAAGACUGUGAGACAAACUAAUCUCUCCCUGAUAGUUUUCUUUUCAACAUCACUGAACUGUCAUUUCUCCUGGGCUUUGCCAGAAUGCUUGAUGUAUCUGUUGUUUCCCAAAACAGAAAGUUUUUGCUAGCUUGGAUGCUACAGAAAUUUUUGCCAGAAGAAAGAGGCUGAGAUGCCUUCACCAGCCUUUUGUUGCUGUUGUGUAGGUACUCCUUUGCUGAACCUCAGAGCUCUGAUUAGAGGUGAAAGGGAGGCAUUUGUGGUGACCGAUUGGGUUACCUCUCCGAACACGGCCAUCAUAUUCUUCCCACGCUUGCCCCGGGUUGCAUGACAGUCGCUGGGCUCCUGGAAUUAUGGCUUCUCUAGAGAAGAACCCACGUAUGCCCUCACAUCUUUUGUUUCAAAAUGAGUGAUUGAAGAUGGACCUAGGCAUCACGGUGUCACGUAUAUGCAGUUAGAAAAUAGCCCAAAGAGGAGAUUUCCUUUUUUUGGAUUGUCCCUCUACAGAGUUGGCAAAGCAUUCACUCCUUCUGAGGGUGUGCAAACAGUCGCUAAGGCUCCUAAAACUACUCAGAGAAAAAAAUUCUUCAUGUCCUUUCCCUAGACGGUGGAUGAAAAAUACCUAAAUCUAGCAACUUAUUCCUUGAGCUGGGGACUCACUGAGGGAGCUGCCAUAGGGAUACAUUAUUGCCCACACCCCUGCCGGAGCAUAUGGACCAGAAUGCUCUCUUACCAUAGCGCCAGGACCACUUGGGAGAGGUACCUUUUCUGCGUGGGAUGAUGCAUAGUCUGUGGAGCACCUAUCUUGCAGUCUCCAGAUCAUCUAGUGCAUCAGGAACGAUGGCUCCAUGAGAGAACUUCCUUUCUGUCUUACUUUCUCAUCUGCUCGUACUGCCUGCUGCUCCUCGCCAGUGAUGAGCUGUUCAACUAGACUAGAAUUUACUGUGAAGACGGGAGAGGCAGAAUAUGAAUCCUAGACAUCCCCUCAAGCAUCUUGUGCGUUGUUUUUACUGUAGCCAUAUGUAAAUCUGCUAGUGCUGGGCACACGCACUCUACCUUGGUAUUCCCAGAGUUGCUACUGUAUAAUAGGACUGAUAUUUCUCACCAUCAUGGCUUCAGUUUGGAAAAGACUGCAGCGUGUUGGGAAACACGCGUCCAAGUUCCAGUUUGUGGCCUCUUACCAGGAGCUGAUGGUCGAGUGCACCAAAAAAUGGCAGCCAGAUAAACUAGUGGUGGUUUGGACCAGAAGAAGUCGAAGAAAAUCCUCGAAGGCUCAUAGCUGGCAGCCUGGAAUCAAAAACCCAUACCGUGGGGUAGUGGUAUGGCCUGUUCCUGAAAACGUGGAAAUCACCGUGACACUUUUUAAGGAUCCCCACGCUGAAGAGUUUGAAGACAAAGAAUGGACGUUUGUCAUAGAGAAUGAAUCUCCUUCUGGACGCAGAAAAGCGCUUGCCACCAGCAGCAUCAACAUGAAGCAAUAUGCGAGCCCCAUGCCUACGCAGACAGAUGUCAAGUUAAAAUUCAAGCCUUUGUCCAAAAAAGUGGUAUCUGCCACACUACAGUUCUCUUUAUCUUGUAUUUUCCUGAGGGAAGGAAAAGCCACGGAUGAAGACAUGCAAAGCCUGGCUAGUUUAAUGAGUAUGAAACAAGCUGAUAUUGGAAAUCUAGAUGAUUUUGAGGAAGACAAUGAAGAAGAUGAAGAAAACAGAGUGAAUCAAGAGGAAAAGGCUGCAAAAAUUACAGAAAUUGUAAACCAGUUGAAUGCUCUGAGCAGCUUAGAUGAAGAUCAAGAUGACUGCGUAAAGCAAGCAAAUAUGCCUUCAGCUAAAUCAGCCAGUUCCUCUGAAGAACUUAUCAAUAAACUUAAUUUUCUGGAUGAAGAGGAGCAAGAGCUGGCCAACUCCAGUACAAAUCCUUUUGAUCAUCCUGACACAGCGGGAUUAAAUCCAUUUGGAGACCCUGAUGUAGAAGAACCGGACACUGAAAUAGCUUCAUCUUCAAAGCCAGAAGAAAGUUUCUAUGCUGACAGUUACAAUCCCUUUAAAGAUGAUGAUGCCCCAGAGUACUUGAACCCAUUUGAUGAGCCAGAUCCUGAGCCAGAAACUUUUGUAACCAUAAGAGAUUCUCCUCCGCAACCUGCAAAAAGGAAGAACGUCAGACCAGUGGAUAUGAGCAAAUACCUCUAUGCAGAUACCUCCAAAGCUGAAGAGGAAGAGCUAGAUGAAUCAAAUCCAUUUUAUGAACCAAAAUCAAGCCCCGCUUUAAUUAAAGUUGCUCCACUGCAAGAACCAGAGAAGAAGAUGAAAAGAAAGGCUCCUGAACCACCAAACCUCUUGCCAAAGACAGAGACAGGAAUGAGUGAGAACAUGUCAGCUGUUCCUGCAUCAAAGGAGCUUUCUUCUUCUCCCAAGCCAAGCCCAAUACCGAGUCCUGUUUUGGGGAGAAAGCCAAAUGCUAGUCAGUCACUGCUCGUGUGGUGCAAAGAAGUUACAAAAAACUAUAGGGGAGUGAAAAUCACCAAUUUUACUACAUCGUGGAGAAACGGUUUAUCCUUUUGUGCGAUAUUGCAUCACUUUAGACCAGAUCUCAUUGACUACAAGGCCCUGAAUCCUCAAGAUAUUAAAGAGAACAACAAAAAGGCGUAUGAUGGGUUUGCCAGUUUAGGAAUAUCGCGACUGCUGGAACCUUCUGACAUGGUUUUAUUAGCGAUACCUGACAAACUGACUGUUAUGACCUAUCUCUAUCAAAUAAGGGCUCAUUUCUGCGGCCAAGAAUUAAACGUGGUUCAGAUAGAGGAGAACAGCAGUAAAAGCACAUAUAAAGUGGGUAACUAUGAAACGGACACCAACAGCUCUGUUGAUCAGGAAAAAUUCUACGCGGAGCUGAAUGACCUGAACCGGGAGCCCGAACUGCAGCAGCCAGACAGUGGGCUGGCGGACUUGGUUUCUCAGGAUGACUCCGUAUUUGUAAAUGACAGCGGCGUUGGAGAAUCUGAGAGUGAGCAUCAGACCCCAGAUGAUCAUUUAAGCCCGAGUACAUCCUCUCCUUCUUCUCGCAGGACUCGGAGUGACACAGAUCCACAAAAAUCCCAGCACAGCUCUGGAAGGACUUCUGCGUCGGACGAGGUUGGGAAAGGCGGUAGUGCGGACCCAACACAAGCGCAGCCUGUGUUGGGAAGGAAGAAAUUGCUGAAAGCUGACACUUUAGACUUGAGUGACUUGCCACAUGUCGGCGAUCAAAAGGAGGAUGCGUCUCCCACAGUUGCUUGUGAAGAUGGUGACAAGAAAAGGCACCAGAGUUCAGACAGUACCAUUAGUUUCUCAGAGCAAGAAAAGCUGGGACAUCCAGGAUCCACCGAGAGCUCAAAAGCAGAUCUCGGUUCGCCUGGCAAAAAGCCGAGUUUAUCUCCUACUUCUAAACUUGGAUAUUCCUAUAAUAAUGAUGCAGAUCUGACCAGGAAAAAGCGUGCUGCUUUGAGGCAAGCCGAAGCUGAUUCUGACACUGAUGCCAGAACAGCUUUAAAUCAUGCAGAUCAAACUGCAAAAACAGCCCAGCAACGAAUGUUGUCGAGGCAGGAAGAACUGAAAGAACGAGCAAGAGUUCUGCUUGAGCAAGCAAGAAGAGAUGCAGCUUUAAAGGCGGGGAAUAAGCAGCUAACCGAUACGGUCACCCCAGCCCGCAAUAAGCAGCUGAAUGAUCAGCAAGAUGAAGAGCGGCGUCGGCAGCUGAGAGAGCGAGCUCGUCAGCUAAUAGCAGAAGCUCGAUCUGGAGUGAAGAUGUCAGAACUUCCUAGCUACACUGAAAUGGCUGCAGAAAAGUUGAAAGAAAGGUCAAAGGCAUCUGGAGAUGAGGAUGAGGAUAAUAUUGAGAUAGAUACUAACGAGGAGGUUCCUGAAUGCUCUCUUACUGGAGGUGGAGAUGAGCUUACUAACCUAGAAAAUGACCUUGAUUCAACGGCAGAACAAAACAGUAAGUUGGUGGAUUUGAAGCUGAAGAAGCUCCUAGAAGCUCAGCCACAGGUGGCAAAUUCACUCUCCAGCGCUGCUCAGAAAGCUGUAACUGAUAGCUCAGAGCAAGACAUUAAGAAUGGAGCAGAGGAGCAUCGUGCUGAGCGGUUGCAAAAAGCAGCAGAACGUUUCAGAAAUCCUGUUGUGUUCAGCAAGGACUCCACCGUCAGAAAAACUCAGCUCCAGUCUUUCAGUCAAUAUGUGGAGAACAGACCAGAGAUGAAAAGGCAGAGAUCAAUACAGGAAGAUACAAAGAGAGGAAAUGAGGAGAAGGCUGCGAUAACUGAGACUCAGAGGAAGCCAUCAGAAGAUGAAGUGCUUAAUAAAGGGUUCAAAGACACCAGUCAGUAUGUUGUAGGAGAAUUGGCAGCACUAGAGAAUGAGCAAAAGCAAAUUGACACCCGUGCCGCGCUGGUGGAGAAGCGCCUUCGCUAUCUCAUGGACACAGGGAGAAACACAGAAGAGGAGGAAGCUAUGAUGCAGGAGUGGUUCAUGCUGGUUAAUAAGAAAAAUGCCUUAAUAAGACGGAUGAACCAGCUUUCUCUCCUGGAAAAGGAACAUGACAUAGAAAGGCGCUACGAACUGCUGAAAAAAAUGAACCGGGAGUUAAGAGCAAUGCUUGCUAUCGAAGGUAAGAGCCAUGCUUGGUACCGAGGGAAAGGAAAUGCUGGCUGCCAGAGGGAACCACCUGAAGUUGCUUAGCGGGGAGGCUGCUCGGGCGCCUCGCUGGGAACUAGGGCCGGUGUCUGCAUCCCUCCCCGCGAGAGCGUGCAACGGAUG